UGUGUUACGAUUGGUUCUCAAAACCAUCACUCUAUAUUCGGACUUUUUGUUGAGUUGCAGUCGAUAUGGACUUGGCUGGAAGUCCUCGGGAUUUAGUAGAGAGCAGUCUACAUUGAUCUGGCUGUUUGUAGUAUAUUAUUUUAGAAUAAUAUUUUAAAACACGCGUGUUUGUAUAUAGUGUUUUUAUACAUAGUUUUAUUAUUGUUUUUUUUUUGUUUAUAAACCAGAACUGUAACAUGGAACUUAAUUCUCUUUCAAUUCUCCUGGAGGCUGCGGAAUACUUGGAAAGAAGAGACCGGGAAGCAGAACAUGGUUACGCAUCGGUCUUGCCGUACGAUAGCGACUUUUCCAGGAAGAAAACGAAAACUUCACCAAUUUCAAGAAAACCUCAGAACAACAGGUCGUCGCACAACGAACUGGAGAAGCACCGACGGGCCAAACUGCGGCUGUACCUGGAGGAGCUGAAGCAGCUGGUGCCUCUGGGCCCGGAGAGCAACAGACACACCACCCUCAGCCUGCUGAAGAGGGCCAAAACGCACAUAAAGAAGCUGGAGGAGCAGGACCGGAAGGCGCUGAACGUGAAGGAGCAGCUGCAGCGGGAACAUCGCUACCUCAAACGGCGCCUGGAGCAGCUGUCCUCCUCCUCGCUGGAGCGCGUCCGCACCGACAGCAUGGGCUCGGCCAUCUCCACCGACUCUGAGCAAGACGUGGAUAUCGAGGGCAUGGAGUUCACUCCCGGGGAAGCGGACAGCUUGGGCAGCUUGAGUGACGGAGAGGGGAGCUACAGCCUGCAGGGGAGCUCCAGCGACGGCAGCUACAAUCACUCCCUGUGCUAGGCCCCGCCCCCUGUGGCAGGCCCCGCCCCCCACCGGGCUCCACCCCCCACCCAGACAGCCAUGCCAUUCCACGAGCCAAGACUGCCACUCUCUUCCAGGAAGCAGAACCACAAAGCCGUUCUUCAUGGCUUCCUCUUCUAUCCGCCCCCCCCCCCCGGCGAGCCUCUACCACAGACCCCCUCAGCCCAGCGGCUCUUGGUUUCGCUGGCUUUCCUCUGCGGUGAGCAGCACAGCUGUGACCUGUCGAUGGGAACCAGGUGUGUCUGUGGUCUGUGUCAUGUGGCUCCUCUCUGUGUGCGUGUGUGUGUGUGUGUGUGUGUGUUGGCACCUCCCAGCGACGGCAUGUCAGCCGAACGCGAGCAGGACGGCAGACGGCCGAUUCAGAAAAAGUGCUAGCGCUUUUCUGCUUCCAUUUUGGCUCCGAUUCCAGGAGGUGAGAUCUUCUGUUUCGCCGUCGUAAAAGCACUUAAAGAUCGUUCGGCCCACGUUAUCGGGGCUCCCCUCUGGACAAAAAGUAGGCCUGACCAGUCUUGGCCAGCAUGGCUACACAAGGUCAGUAGCGUGUGAUGUAGCAUUGCGUAUAAAGAGGGAGCUCUGCUCUCCCUCAGCAUUAAAACCCUUCUGGGGGUCAAAGCUAAUGGAAGCCAGAGCCCAGACCAGAUUCCACCAAUAAGACUGGAGCGACUCUCCUGUGUGUGUGUGUGUGUGUGUGUGUGUGUGCGUGCGUGCAUGUUGGUUAACAUUGACAUGUCAUUUCUGUACAAAAAAAAAGGACAAAAUCCACACAGAAAAAAACUGUUUCAGCAGCUGUUAUGCAGAGGUCUUCUGUGAGUAGCAGUGUAGCUGUUGUUUGGGGUGUCCCUGUUUUAGUCCAGUCUUAGUACAUGCCUGUCUUUCUUCAUUCGGCUCUUAUAGGCUACAUCUCUCUCUCUCUUGCUCUUCCUCAGCUCUGCUUAAAAGAUUGUACUUAAAAAAGAAAAAAAAAACAGACCAAAUUGCAGCAGAUUCUGGACAUUGUAGUCCAGCGGAUUCUGGGAAUUGUAGUCCAGAGUGUGUGCGGGUGUGUAGUCCUCCGCAGGAUCGAGUCGUUUGUUACACCCCCGCUGUACAGGCGGAGUAGGCGUGUCUUUGCGCCCGCAGUGUGUGACAGACAGCUCGGUUCUGCCUCCGCUACCCACACAAUAGAGCACGGCCUGGCAGCACUUUAAAAACCAGCGGUCUGCUGAAGGUCGUCUUGCACCAAAAACAAAAAUGAAAAGGAAAAAAAACGACAAAAACUACGAAAACCUCUAUACAAAAAAAAAGCUAUGAAACACUUAUAGACUACAUUGCUUUAUCUAUAUUUCUUGUUUUAUAUUUUGUACUAUAUUUUCUUAAAUGUUCUCUUGUGAAAGAAGAAAAGAGUAUAUGUGUGUAAAAGUAUGAGGAGACCGGAGGCCAGGGCUGCAGACCGUCUCUGGGGCUCUCCCUCUGUCCUCCUGUGCCUUGGGGAGCCUCAUUUACUGUUGCCAUGACUCCCUACCUCGGCCCCUCCUGCCCCCCCCCCAACCAGGUCUUGCCCCACCAGUGAAUCCUCUACCCCCGCCGCGACCCUGGACCCCUGUGAGUGCAGACGUUUACCCCGCUGUGCCCGCUCCUGUUAGCGGGGGCACGCGAAGACCAACAGAUGCCCCCGCAACCCCCCAACCCCACCCACCAUUUUAAAAGUGUCCUGUGUGUUCAACCGUGCACGCAAGUCCUAUAGCGCACUGACCUAUCCUGUAGGACGUUUGAAAAAGGGCCUUGCUGUGUAACUCUGCUCACACUGGUAAUCCCACGGCAGCUCUCCAUCAUCUGGGGUUACCAUUCCACGUUCUUUUAUUCAAAAGGGUGUUUCUGUGUUGGGGUUUUUAAAAAAUUUUUAUUUCCUCGUUUGUUCAUUUUGAAUUGAAGAGGAAUUGUGUGUGAGAGGAGUUAAAUCCACUCGAAAAUGGCAGCUGGUGAUUUUAUCCUCUCCACCGUAGUGUUGGUGUGUGCCCACAGCCUCUUGGAAUACCUUGCAUAUUUGGUGGCAAGACAGCAAUACUGAGAUAUCGCGUGCUGUUUUUACUUUUCUUUUUCUCAAAAGGAGAAAGGAUUACCUUUAACUCCUCGGUGUAUCUCGUGACCAACUCUUUACAAGUCCUGUGUGCUGUUUGCUUUUUUCCUACUGAACAAAAAGUAGAGAAAGUUUUAAAAAAAAAUGUUUGUGGAGUAACACUCGUUUUGACAUUUAACUGUUAAUAGCACAAAUGUACGUACGAUUUCAGCGUGUGGGUAACAUGAACAACCAGGUGACUUGGCAAAGAAACUCUCGCACAGAACCUCCCUACGCAACGCGCAUUGAAGACGAGCUGAAGGGUGGCGGCGGGGCAGUUUCGGGGAUUCCUUUGCUUCUUUUAACGAGAGCGAGCACACAUUCCACAGCUAGGUGCGGGCGCGGGACGUACCUCUCCCGCGCCCCUAUCCGCUGUCCUUUACCGGUCUCCAGGGUCACGAAAAGAGCUGGAUGUCGGGUGUAGAAGCCUGAGGCCUUUCUGCAGAGCAAUAUUGAAACGUUACCUGACGACGUUUUUUGGCUGACAAUCUGUGAUAUUAAAGAUAUGAGGUCACCUAAUCAGGCGGGGGGGGAUCACUAAGGGCGUUUGCUGUGAAGGACGUACCGUUUGUCCCCCCCCCCCCAGCUUUGUCAUUCCACAGCUCCGGAGUCCUCCUCAUUCACGCGGUGGCUAAGCGGCGACAGUCGCGUCGAUCCGAAGCUACGGAUCGGCGAUUACGUCGCCUUAAAGACCCAGGAGAAUAAAAAAUGUAGCAUUGAGAAGUUUCCUCCGUACAUCCCUUCCGUGUGGGACGCUUGUGGUGUUCCGUAUGAAGUUGGGACCGCCCCAGUGACUCUUGGGGGUUCGACAGGUAGGGUUCACACCCAGGGUGUGAGGGUUGGGUUAAGACAGAAACCCCCCGACAAUUACGUCCGGCCACACUGAGAACGGUGGGUUCUGUGCCAGAGGCCUGUAAAUAUGUACCUUUUUAACAGAGUGUUUUGUGGAAGAUGUAUGAUAUUGUAUAAGUCCAUUCUGUGUACACAUAGGUACCUGGUGCUGGCUGCGUUUCGUAGCACACACGUUAAAGGUAUUGUGCUGUAUUAUUCUUUCAUUGUAAUAUAAUAAAGUUUUAUACGUAAA